CCCGCUUCCCCGAACUCCCUCUGGCUCCCGCCUUCGCCCGCUUCCGGUCGUCGUCGUCGCCGCUGCUGCCGCUGCUGCUGCUGCUGAGGCUGCUGGCGGAGGCCGGAGGAUCGGGCGGCGGCGGCGGCGGCGGCUGAGAGGGCGGCGGCGGGAGCGGAGCGGGACGAGGGAGCGAGAGGAAGCGAGCGAGGAGCGAGCGGAGCGCGCCCUUCCGCCCGCCUGAAGAGCCGGAGCAGCCCGGGCCCUGCCGCCGCCGCCGCCGCCUGCCCGCCGGACAAAGCCAAGAGCCCGCGCCUAGAGCCAUGUCCUCGUCCGCCGGCAGCGGCCACCAGCCCAGCCAGAGCCGCGCCAUCCCCACCCGCACCGUGCCCAUCAGCGACGCCGCGCAGCUACCUCAUGACUAUUGCACCACGCCCGGGGGGACGCUCUUCUCCACCACACCGGGAGGAACUCGAAUCAUUUAUGAUCGAAAAUUUCUGUUGGAUCGUCGCAAUUCUCCCAUGGCUCAGACCCCACCCUGCCAUCUGCCCAAUAUCCCAGGAGUCACUAGCCCUGGCACCUUAAUUGAAGACUCCAAAGUAGAAGUAAACAAUUUGAACAACUUGAACAAUCAUGACAGGAAGCAUGCAGUUGGGGAUGAUGCUCAGUUUGAGAUGGACAUCUGACUCUCCUGCAAGGAUUAGAAGAAAAGCAGCAACGCUGAUACUUGUGUGUACCUGAUUUGCCAAUAGGAUCAAUAACGAAAAGAAGAGGCAGCACCAGCAGGCCCGUUGCAGUCUCCACCUCCCCUCCCCCUCCCUUGCGUGCCAAAUGAUGGGAAGAUGAGUGUCAUCUGACCAUUCUUCUCCCUGUUUCCUGUUCCCAUUCCCACUUAGACAGACUAGAUUGAAGGCCCUUGGUGUAUUUCUGUAGAGCUAAGCAGCCCAUAGAGGAAAACAUUAAACUGUGGCUUCCCUGGUCAUUUUUUAUUGAGAACCAACCCCUUCAAAUUUAUCUCAGAUCAGAUAUCAACCUACCAACAACUGCAUGGCCGGGAAGUCUGGGGAAGGGAUACAGAGGUGUGGUGGGUUCAUCAUCGUUCAUGUUCCUUACCCUCUGUGUCUCCUCCUUGUAUCCCACCUGUGGUUCAGUGCUGUGAGCGUCUGGUUUGGAGUCUUUAAAAUCAUCAGGGAGAUAUGAUACAAAGAGAGCUGCUUUCCCUUUUACCUUUGUCCUUAGGGACAGCACAGUUUGUGUAACUCUCGUAGCUUACCUUGUGACACUGUUUUGAGGUCCACUUCCCUUCUUUGCUCUGGGAGGAAUGUCUUCCCAUUCCUUUACUUUUAAACCCUCUACAUCAGAAGGGAGCCCUCAGUAACCAGCUUUGGUCUUCUGUCGUUCCUCCCUCCUUGCAUCUUGUUGCUGGGAGAGUCCUUUUGUACUUCGAGAUAUCUAGGUGAUUUUGUCUGCUCCCAAAGCAGGUCCAUGCCAAGUAAUAGAGGCACUGUGGCCUCCACUUGGUGCAUUAGGCCUGAUCAUAGUAUUCUGCCAGACAGUACCUAAGAAUGACCUCUGAACAGUGUUGACCCAUUUGAGUACCAAGUCUCAGUAAUUAUUUUUAAGUCCAAUGAGCAUUGUGAUAUUUGUUCUUGGAUUGUAGUUUCUUAUGUUUUGAACUUAAAGUUGAUUUUCAGAAUGUUCCUAGAAAAUAACUAUAUUUUUUUCCUUUGUGGACCUGCUUUGUUUGGCUGCUGGGAUAGAUAAGCAUGGGCUUUAAAAUGUGUUCCUCCCAGUUUUCUUGCCUUUCCCAUUCUUUUCUUCCCGUCCUCCCCUGCUCCCUCCCUCUCUUCCUCUCUCCUUCCUUUCCUUUUCUCUGCCAGGCCAUUUUUCAAAUUUACAUCAAAGAUACCUCAAGUGUUGGUAUCUGCUAAUAUCUGUCACUCCUCUUAUCUGAGGAGUGGCCUUUUAUUUUUAAGAUGACUACAGACCUAUUUUUAGAUAUGUUUUCAGUACAAUUUUGAACAGCAACUUUUUAAUGAAACAUCUUCCAGUGUUAGGAAGGUGAGAAGUGUCCAUAGGCAAGUCUGCUGUUCUAUGUUACCAUCCUUCGUCUCCCCAAGUCCCUUAGGAGCUCCUUCCUUCCUCCUGUAGUUUUGGGUGUGCAUGUUUGGAGUUUGUAGUGGGCGAUUUGUAAAGCUGGACCAUUCUGCCUUGCUACGGGUGUCCAUGAAAGCCUCAUUCUUUUCCUUACCCCUUUGCUUUUGCAUUCCUCCUCCCCACUUCUCCUGGGACUAUUGACUGGCACAAUAAUCUCAGGAGAGUGACUUCCCCCCAUAGAAAGACAACUAAAGUAGCCCCUAGCGUCCUGGGAAUUUCUGGUUGGGUUUGGUGCCCUGCACCCUCUUAUUAAGAAAUCACAUCCCAGGGUGAGAGUAACAGGCCAAUUGGCUAAGAAAGAAAGCUGUUUGUUUUUCUUUUGAACUAUGAAAAGACCCUGUUUGUGAAUACAUUUAGAAAGAAGAGAGGAAGGAUGUCUGCAGAACUUUGUUCUGGUUUUUUGCUACAAAUGUGAAUAGUUCAAAGAGUGAAAACCUUUUGUGAUGGUUGAAGUCUCUCAGGAAUAAGCUGGAUCUCCAAUGUUUUGGGGAUGCUCUGAGUCUCAAAAAUUGAUAAUCAGAAAAGUAUUUUUUGUUUGUUUAAUGUAACCCUGUUCAGAUUUUAAUUAAACUCCAAAUUUCGUCUCACAUA